GGUUGAUUAUGUUGGUUGCAUGUUGUACUGGAUAUUCUUGGUUAUGUGUAUUUUCCCUAUGUUUAUGUUCAUUUGAUGGCUCCGUUAGGGUUUUAUGGCGAGGUUAUGUUCUUUGCUUUUUGGUCUUUCAAAUUGCUUUGUGGUUUAAUGGUGUGUUUGCGUUGCAUCAUUGUUUCAUGAUCUGCUUGUUUACGUGGGAUUUGGUGUAUCGGUGAUGAUGAUUGGUUGGCGAGGGACACGAAAGGAAAAAAAAAGGAGUGGUUUUCGGCAUUCUGUGCGUGUUAUUUGAUUCAUUGAUACUUUCCAUGAGGUGAGAAGGAAACGCGAUAGGAAAAAAGAGAGUAAUGUACAAAGCAUGCCGGGAAGGGGGGCUAGGGGUGGUCGAGGGAACUAUUCUUCGAAUUAUAACUCUUUUGAUGCUGGUGGGCGAAAUGCUGCUGCUAAAAAGGAAAAUGGCGUUAAUCCCAUAGCAGAGAGGAGCUCUAUGCCCUCAUUGCCAGCUCCACAUAAAGCAAAAAAUAAUGCAGUACCUCGUGUCACAAAAUCUCAAGGUGCUGUAUCUAAUAGUGUGUCAGCUUUGACAAAUGGGAGCUCCGGUGAAUGUCACGGACCACAGUCAUCUGGAGCAGGUACUUGUCAUGGAAAUCUUGUUAGUUCAGCUGUUGAUGUAGUCAAGGUUGGGACUACCCAAGUCCAGCCAGUUGUUGCCGAACAACUUACCUCAGGGGCAAAUCCUACAUUUGUCUCUGUUGUUAGAGUUGACCAAGAGAAAUUGUCAUCAAAACUUGAUCCCCCCCUUGUACCUGCUACUCCAAUGUCUGGUGUUUAUGCAUCUGCUUCAGAUCCUGUACUGGCACCAUCUCUCUCCUGCCUCCUUACUGCUAUAGGUACUGUUAAACAUGAAGUAGGGAGCCAGCAGAAAGUUGCUGAACCAAAUCAUGCUCAAGGAAACAAACAUGUGUCCCCUGAUAUUGAUUCUGAGAUGUUAAAGAGUGAAAAUGAAACCCCUGGAGUUUCAAGCAAUGUGCAUGGGAGAGGGUCCUCAAACAAAUCAAAGCCAGUUGAAAGGAAUCAGCCUUCUGAGUCAUUGACCUCGCCUUCAUCAACACAGGUUGAUUCUUUGAUUAUCAAUUCUAAGGAUGACAGGCCAGUGGAGGAGGUCACAAUGGAGGUUGGAAAUGUUGCAGAUAAAGCUAACACCAAACUGCCUCCUGAGUCAAAUGUUGCUGAUGGUCCGCAUGUUACAUUUCCUCUCCACUUCCAGGUUGCUGAAGCAUUAAAAAAUGGUUUGACUUUUGGAAGCUUUGAUUCUACUUUUAUGGUAGGAAUAAAAGAAGCCAACGACACCACCAAUGAUAUUAGAUCCAUACGGGAUGUUGAACCUUCUAUUGGGAAUAGUGAAGCUGCUGGGGAACCUUUUGCUUGCAGCCAGAGUGAGUCACUAACAGCUGUGGGAGAUAAUCAUAGUAAUCCGGAAUCACCUCCUCCCAUGCUUGAACAAAUACCAGAGUCGGAUGUUAUUACUUCAUCCGAGGAAGACUUGAAAAGUGAUCAGCUGAAGCAGGAGGUCUUGUUAGAUAUGGAAGAGCAUCAAAACUCUACUGUUCAUAAUGUCCGAAGCUAUAACUUUGGGUUUGCACCUUUAUCAGGAAGUCAGCUUGCACAGAUUGAAACAACUGAGAGUGUGAGUUCUUCAGAUCUCUCUAGCUCGAGUCCAACACCAGCACUUCAGAAUUCUAUCCCUGCAUCUCAACAUCAAGUUCCUCUCUUCCGGCAGCCAUAUCCUCCUAACUUCUUUUCUUAUGGUCACUAUCUUUCUCCAUAUUUUGUGCCACCAAUGCACCAAAUUCUGGGCCACAAUGGACUCCCUCAGCAGCCAUCAACUGCCAAUUUGUAUUUACCCGCAGGAGCUGCUGCUCCAGGGGUCAAAUUCCCCAUUCCCCAGCUCAAACAGGGGGCUAAUGCAGGAAAUCCUGCUCACGUGGGAAUCCCAUCUGCCUAUGGCUCUUAUGGCUCUUCCCAUGUUGGAUUCAGUCAUGUUCCCGCUGUGACUUCCGGAAAUUCAACCAGCAACGAGGAUCUUGGACCAGCUCAGUUGAAGGAAAAUAUCUACACAACAGUUCCCUUGAGUGAAGGUUCCGCCUUAUGGAUGCAUGCACCUGGGCAAGAUCUAUCCAGCUUGCAGGUCAAUUCAUUCUAUAACCUACCAAUUCAUGCACAGCAUCCCUUGUUCUCACCUGCACAGGCAGGUCACGGUGCCUUUGGUGGAAUAUAUCAGCAGCCGCAGACGUUAGCUGCUCCUAAUGCGAAUCCGCUCCUACAACAAUCUCAGGUCAUGGCCAGGGCAGUUGAAACAGCUGGACCCCCAGCCACUGCGUAUCAGCAGCCUCAGCUUGCGCAGAUGAACUGGAAUACUAAUUACUGAACCGACAAAAUAAUUGUGCCAUGAGGACCCAACUCAGAGAUACAUGGUUUUAUAUUGUGGACCACAGGAAGGAAAUCUGGUAGAAGUUCCCCCAAUUUGAGUGUAAAUAUUAAAAAAGCUUGGGUGGGAGAUUUGUGGGAGCAACCUUGAAUUUGUGAUGGUUGCCGUUUCUCAUUUUUAUUCACCUGGUUUAACUCAUCACCUCCCCAUCAUUUUGGUCUUUUACUGGGUAGCAAACUCUUGUUAUUUUGCUAGACCUGGUUCCUCCUUAAGAUAUAGGAAUUUUAAGAGGUGGAUAGAAAUAGGUGGGAUUUUUUAUCAAUUUUUCCUUUCUUAUAAGUCUCACCUGUAUAUUAAAUUUUGAUAGUGAUCAUUACAGCUGUAAUUGUUAUAAGGGGAAUUGAAUUGGCAUUUUCCAGUAGAGUAA